AUGCGUCUUACGGGAGAAAAGGCACCUGUAGCGGAGGCCGAAACCGUUGGCCCUGCCGUGGUCGAAGCGACUCCCAUCGCCGUCAAAGAAGAUGGGAAAGAUGACAAGCCGGCCACGCCCACGGCCACUUUCGCAGACUACUGGAGGGUACUAUCCUACCGGUCCAGACGAGAUGGGUAUGCGCUCUUGGUCAGCUCGGUCUGCGCCCUCGCGUCCGGCGCGGUGUUCCCACUGAUGAACAUCAUCUUUGGGCGUCUCGCCCAAAAUUUCAACGAUUAUUUCCUCCCAAAUUCUACGACGACGGAGAGGAGCUUCAAAGCAGCUGUGAACAAGUUUUCGCUCUAUUUCUUUCUUCUGUUCAUCGGAAGAUUUGUUCUGACAUACAUUUCGACGUUUGGCUUUCGAAUAACCGGCCUUCGUAUCUCCGCCCGACUGCGUCUUUCCUACUUCGAAUCACUCUUCUCGCAACCGAUAGCGACAGUCGAUGAAAUAUCUUCUGGGGCAGUCGCAACUACUAUCACGGACGCGGCCAACACCAUUCAGAUGAGCAUCUCGGACAAGCUCUACUUUCUUUUCUACGCUAUAGCCCUGGUGAUCUCGGCCUAUGCCAUUGCCUUUCGAUAUUCGUGGUCGGUUACGCUUGUAGCGAGCUCUUCGCUGCUGUUCGUCGUUGUAGUCUACAGCAUAACUACACCCUUUAUCCUCAAAAAACAGACGAGAGUGCUGGAGGCGAACAAGAAGGCCUCUUCGACAGCGGGGGAAGUGUUCAGUUCCAUCCGAGCUGUCUUUUCUUUGGGGGCCCAAAAGAACCUGACCAAGAAAUACUUCGCUGCGGUGGAGGAUGCGCGCAGAUGUGGGCUUGCCGUAUCUAUCCCUUACGGCAUCCAACUAGCUCCCAUCUUCUUUUCCAUGUACGCGAGCUUCGGGCUGGUCUUCUGGUUCGGGAUCAGGCAAUACCGGGCCGGCCAUAUCGAUAGUAUCGGCACACUUGUCACGGUCUUCUUUUCGGUGCUCAUUGUGGUGAUGCUUCUCGGCAUCCUCGCUGCCCCGGUGAUUGCAAUUCAGAAAGCCAUCCCUGCCGCGGGUCAAUUCUUCUCGACGAUCGACGCGCCAAGGAUUUCGUACGGGGGACUCUCUGAUCCUGACGUCUCUUCUCGGGAGGAUAUCGAACUCGACGACGUGACCUUUGCAUACCCUACUCGUCCUGAUGUACAAGUCUUAAAAGGGUUCAGUGCCCGCUUCCUCAAAGGCAAGACGACAGCUCUGGUCGGUCCAUCGGGCUCUGGAAAGAGUACUAUCGUGGCGUUGUUGGAACGCUGGUACGAAUUGGAUCCGAUGAAUCACGAGGAUGACUUCGGUGCUUCUGAUGCCGAAAACAUCAAUCUUAAAUGGUGGAGAUCGCAGAUUGGCCUUGUUCAGCAGGAGCCGUUCCUAUUCAACGACACCAUCUUCAACAAUGUCGCCUUCGGGCUCAACGGAACCCAAUGGGAGAAGGCGGAUACUGCAAAAAAGCAUGACUUGGUGCGAAAAGCCUGCGAAGAAGCGUUUGCGGACGAGUUCAUUCGCAAACUCCCCGAUGCGUACGAGACAGAAGUCGGAGAAAGCGGCAUCAAACUUAGCGGUGGACAACGGCAACGGCUUGCGAUUGCUCGCAGCAUUAUUCGAGAUCCAGCGAUCCUGAUAUUGGAUGAAGCCACCAGCUCCAUUGACGUCCGGGGAGAGAGGAUCGUGCAAAAAGCCCUGGAUCGAGUAUCUCAGAAUCGAACAACCAUUGUCAUCGCUCACCGACUGUCGACCAUUCGAAAGGCCGAUAACAUCAUUGUCAUGCGCGAGGGAAGAAAGAUGGAAGAAGGUACUCACGAUCAACUUCUCUCAGUCCCCGAUGGGCUUUACGCCGGUCUCGUACACGCACAACAGCUGGAAGCGGAAUCUGCACCUGCCGCACCUAAAGAAGACGAGGUUGCCUUGGAUGAGCUCGAGCGAGAAGUCACCACCAAGUCCGCCGACGGUCCUGGAGACGAGACAAAAGUACAGAAGAAAAGGAGCUUUGCCGCGUCGGUGGGCUGCUUGUUGUACGAACAGCGCAGGUACUGGAUGCUCUACAUGAUCAUCCUGAUGGCUGCCAUGGCGACAGGCUCUGCGGCCUCGCUCCAAAGUUGGUUUUUUGCCAACGUGAUGGUGGUUUUCACCUACACCGGUCAGAAGCUAGAAGAUCGAGGAAACUUCUGGUCUCUGAUGUUCUUCAUACUCAGCCUGGCGCUCGGUCUGACUUACUUCUUGCUUGGCUGCUUCUCAAACCAGCUCUCGGUGCUUGUCAUGGCCGUCUAUCAGCGCGAACAUUUCCAAAACCUCUUGCGUUUCCCAGUCUCCUACUUCGAUGCCAAGGAGAAUGCCACUGGCUCCUUGAUGGCCCGCCUGGCCUCGGACUUCAAAAUCCUCGGCGAGUUGAUUGGCAUCAACGGUGUCUUCCCGCUGAUCGCACUUUUCAAUCUCACCGGCUGCAUCAUUAUCGGGUUCGUCUUCGGCUGGAAGUUGACCUUGGUGAUCUUCUGCUCCGCCAUGCCGGUGAUGCUGGUCUCCUCCUACAUUCGCAUCAAAUACGAGCUUCAAUUUGUGGAGUGGAACUCGAAUGUCUUUGCUCAGAGCUCUCAAUUUGCAACCGAAGCUGUCGGCGCCUUCCGCACUGUCACAUCCUUGACUAUGGAAGACUUCAUCCUCAACAAAUACUCGACUUUGCUCCAGCGUCAGAUUAGAGAUGCGACGAGGCAGGGGACGCAUGCCUGCCUUGUCUUCGCGCUGUGUGAUACUGUCGAUCUCUGUGCCAUGGCACUGACCUUCUGGUAUGGUGGCCAGCUGCUUGCCUCACGCGAAUAUGACAUCCUCCAGUUCUACCUCAUCUAUAUUGCGAUCGUCCAGGGCGCCCAAGGAGCUGGACCCUUCUUGAGCUUCGCACCUAACAUCGCUCAGGCCACCGCAGCUGCAAAUAGAAUCUUGGACUCGCGCCACAGUGGGAACGAGGCAAGGUUGGCUUCCGUGCCAAUGCCACUGCCGCCAAGGGAGAAGAAAAUAGGCGCGAAGGUGGAGCUGAAGGACGUCGCCUUCAAGUAUCCGACCCGAGAUACGCCCAUCUAUCGGAACCUCAACCUGGUCGUGCAAAGCGGUCAAUUUGUCGCCUUCGUGGGACCUUCGGGCUGCGGCAAAACGACCGUUGUGUCACUGCUUGAGCGCUUCUACGAGCCGGUCUCCGGCACGAUCAAAUUCGACGAUCAAGACCUGAAAGACAUCGAGUUGACAUCUUACCGCCGCGCUCUAUCCCUUGUCGCACAAGAACCCAAGCUCUUCGACGGAACAAUCCGCGAGAAUCUCAUUCUCGGCAUCGACGACGAAGACAUCCUCGAGGAACGAAUCAUGCAAGCGUGCAAAGAUGCUGAAAUCCACGAUUUUGUGAUUUCUCUCCCGGAGGGCUACGACACCCCACUGGGCAUCAACACGCAGACUUCGCUCAGUGGCGGCCAGAAGCAACGUCUCUGUCUCGCACGCGCACUCCUUCGAAACCCAUCUCUCCUGCUUCUUGAUGAGGCAACUUCGAGUCUGGAUUCCCAAUCGGAGAAACUGGUGCAAGCAGCUAUUGAGAAGCUCGUCACCCAGCGAAGUAUGACUGUCAUAGCAGUUGCUCACCGACUGGCCACGAUUCAAAAGGCCGACGUCAUUUUCGUGUUCGGCGAGAGUGAAGCCGGCCGCGGGUCAAGAAUUCUGGAGAAAGGCACGCAUAGCGAGCUGUUGAGAAGAAGAGGGGCGUACUGGUCCAUGUGUCAAGAACAGGCACUUGACCGGUAG